ACUCCACCAUGUCACACAAGCAGAUCUACUACUCGGACAAGUACGACGACGAGAAGUUUGAGUACAGGCACGUCAUGCUCCCCAAGGACAUUGCAAAGCGCGUGCCCAAAACACACCUGAUGUCUGAGACGGAGUGGCGCAACCUGGGAGUGCAGCAGAGCCAGGGCUGGGUACACUACAUGAUCCAUCAGCCAGAGCCUCACAUCCUGCUCUUCCGCCGUCCUCUACCCACGACCAAAUCCCAGUGAGGGAGCGCAGGUGGGGAAGGACUCUUGUACACGCUGCAGAAGGAUGACCGACAGAUGGAACACGAGGUGCCGAUUAAUUUCGGUGCCAGUUCCGUUUGAUUAGAAGUGGAAUAUCCUCUACUCUUUAAGGAGUUAGGUUAUAAAAAAAGUUCCUAUUGUUCCGCACAUCUUUGCCUAAAAACAAAACUCUGACUCUUCUCUUUUUCACACUGCGUAAUUUUCCCCAGAGAGAAAGCGUGUUUAGAAAAUGCAGCCUGGUGAUGAAGCAGUCAUAAAGUGUGCUUUGUAUGUAAACAGUGAGUGUCUUUUUCUUUGUGUUGUGACAGAACACUUUGCAUGUUGUUUAUAGUGCUGUGAAUGUUGGUCAUUAUUUAUGAUCCUUUUUUUAAAAAAAAAAUCUACUUUACAAAUAAAAAAAAACAUUCUGAA